UGUUUUCCCGUCACCUCCCCUCGUUCGCAACCGAAAAAUUGCAGAGCGCGAGGCGCGUUGGUUUCUUGGCUUCUUUCUCCCGAGAGCCUGCCCCCCCUCAGAAUCAACCAAAGCCAGAUGAAGAUUCGCGAGAUCUUAUCCGAGGAGGAGGAGGACUGCGGCGGCGAGGCGGGGCUCGACGAGGCGCUGCGCGGAGGGGCGUUGGGCCACGGCGGCCGCGGCCGCGGCGACGAGCGGGUGGCGUGGGAGAGGGAGGACCCCGUCGGCGAGGCGCGGCUCGACGAGGCGCCGCGUGGAGCGGCAUUGGGCCACGGCGGGCAGGCGAGUGGCCUCGGCGGCAGCCGCGAGGAGGGGAUGGGGGAGGAGGAGGACGAGUGGUGGGUGCUGUGGGAGAGGGAGGACCGCGGUCGCGAGGCGCUGCGCGGAGCGGCGUUGGGCCACGGCGGGGAGGCGAGUGACCACGGCCGCAGCGGCGAAGCGGCGGUGGAGGAUGAGCUGGAUGAUGAGGACUGGGACGAGGCGCGGCGGGAGGAGGAGCUGCGGGGAGGGGGCCGAGGCCGCGGCGGGUCCUCGGGUUCGGGCCGUGGCGGCGGCGGGUGGCUCGGCUUCACGCAGCGGAAGCUCGUCGGCGUCGGCGCGAGGAUCGCCCUCUACCCCACCCUGGCCUACAACGUCGCGAGGAACAAGGUCCAGCCAUCGUUUCAUUGGUGGGAUCGCGUCGACGAGUAUGUUUUGCUAGGUGCUCUUCCCUUCUGCAAGCAUGUACCACGGUUGAAGGCGCUUGGGGUACGGGGAGUUGUCACUCUGAAUGAGCGGUUUGAGAUUUUUGUUGAAUCAAAAGUAUAUCAGGCUAAUGGCAUUGAGCAUCUUGAAAUUCCAACAAGGGAUUAUGCUUAUGCACCUUCCCAGAAGGAUAUCUGCAAGGCUGUAGAUUUUAUCAACAGGCAUGCGUUGCAAGGUAAUACUACCUAUGUUCACUGCAAGGCUGGACGGGGAAGAAGCACUACUGUGGUUUUGUGCUAUUUGAUCAAAUACAAAAACAUGACUCCUGAAGAUGCUUGGGCUCACACCAAAUCGAUACGUCCUCGGGUUUGUUUGACAAGUACUCAAGAGGAGGCUGUUGCACUGUUUAGCAAGCUCAACCUUGAUGGAGACCUUCCAUUCCAGAGUUCGGUGGGGGCAGCAGCCCGUCCCAGGCCCAACACUAGGAAGAUUCAGCCCGAUCCUUCGGAUCAUCCGGAACUGUAGCACUGUCACGUGCAUUAUUACCGAAGGAGAUCAGUUUGUGUAACACCAAUCACAUUACGGUACGCAUCUAAAGGAAAAAUAGGAAGAAUCACAUACGGCACGUGAAUAAUGUUGAAGUUUGCCUUGUACGCAGACCAGUUUUUUGGGUGUAAUGAUCAUUGUGCACUAUGUCAUCUAUGUUUUUUUUGCGGGGACGUCAUCUAUAUUUUUGAUAUAUAUGGAUAUAGGUGUGAAUAUGCCUUUUCUA